AUGGGUGGAUUUAUCGCUGAGUUUAACUGCAGAGUGUCAGGAACUCUCAAAGGAUUCUUGCCUCGCUCAAGCCAGUUUCUACUGGUGUUCUCCUGCCUGGUUCUGUCAGUGUUCGCAACGAUCAAAGAACACAAGAAAAGCUCUGAGAGUGCCUUGUACAUCCUGGAAAUUGUGACAAUCGUGGUGUUUGGUGUGGAAUAUAUUGUACGGAUUUGGGCAGCCGGGUGCUGCUGUCGCUACAGAGGAUGGAGAGGAAGGCUGAGAUUUGCUCGCAAACCCUUCUGUAUUAUCGAUAUCAUGGUCCUUUUUGCCUCAGUGUCUGUGUUGGCUGCUGGCUCACAGGGAAAUGUUUUUGCCACCUCUGCCAUUCGGAGUCUGAGGUUUCUUCAGAUCCUUCGAAUGCUGCGUAUGGACCGCCGCGGUGGCACAUGGAAACUCCUGGGAUCUGUUGUUUACGCACACAGCAAGGAACUCAUUACGGCAUGGUAUAUUGGAUUCCUUUGUCUUAUCCUGGCAUCUUUCUUGGUGUACUCAGUGGAGAAGGAUGACAAUGCAGAGAUGUUCGACACUUACGCAGACGCCCUCUGGUGGGGGCUGGUCACUCUUACAACUAUCGGUUAUGGGGACAAGUUUCCUGUCACGUGGAAUGGGCGUCUAAUUGCUGCCACAUUCAGUCUGGUCGGUGUAGCUUUUUUCGCUCUUCCUGCGGGAAUCCUGGGCUCAGGAUUUGCUCUAAAAGUUCAAGAGCAGCACAGACAGAAACAUUUUGAGAAGCGUCGUAACCCUGCCGCGGCUAUUAUCCAGGCAGCUUGGAGAUUUUAUGCCACAAAUCUUUCACGGACAGACCUGCUGUCCACAUGGGACUUUUAUGAGCAGACUGUGUCGGUCCCAAUAUACAGACUCAUCCCUCCUGUAAAUCAGCUCGACAUUUUAAGAAGCCUGAAGGGAAAAUCUGGUUUCAGGAAGGACUCCCAGCUAGAAGUCAAUCCAAGUCGUAAGCCCAGCUUGAAAGAGAAAGGCAGUCCCUCUAAGAGCACCGGGGGGAAGGAAGCUAAGACCCCCAAGGCAGAGGAGGGAGCCAAAGAGAGUCCAAGCAAAGUGACCAAGAGCUUGAGCUUCACAGAGCGGAACAAAGCAAAACACGCUUUCAGAAUGAAAGAUGGAGCUUCUCGGCAGAACUCUGAAGAGGCAAGUCUUCCAGACGAGUUUGGGGACGACAAGGAUUUCCACUGUGAGUUUGUGCCGGAUCUUUCUCCGGGACUCAAGGUCACCAUCAGAACAAUCUGUAUUAUGCGGUUCCUGGUGUCUAAGAGGAGAUUUAAAGAGAGCCGUAGGCCCUAUGACGUGAUGGAUGUGAUUGAGCAGUAUUCAGCAGGCCAUCUGGACAUGCUGUCACGCAUCAAAAACCUUCAGUCCAGAGUGGAUCAGAUUGUGGGAAAGGGAGCUGCACCAGGAGAAAAGGACAAGCCCAAAAGCGACACAGAGAUGGCUGAGGACCCAAGCAUGAUGGGAUGUCUAAGCAAGAUGGAGAAACAGGUGGGGGCAAUGGACCUCAAACUCAACUUUUUGGUCAGCAUGUACACCACCCAUAUGGGCAUCCCACGAUCUGAGACCGAAGCCCUUCUGGGCUUUAAAAUCCCUUACCAAAAAAAAAAACACCUCUUCUUUUAUUAG